CCUGGAGGGCGCCCCGCGGGACGACGGCGCCCCGGCCGGGUCGGCCGGGCCGGGUGACGAAGACACGGUUUCCCGGUGAGCAGCCCUCCCGCCUCGACGCAGCCCGCGCCUCCAGGGUCGGAAGAUGCUGCGAGCGAUGUGGAAUUUUCUGAAACGUCACAAAAAGAAGUGCAUCUUCCUGGGCACGGUCCUCGGAGGCGUAUAUAUCCUGGGAAAAUAUGGACAGAAGAAAAUCAGAGAAAUUCAGGAAAGAGAGGCAGCAGAAUACAUUGCCCAAGCACGACGACAAUAUCAUUUUGAAAGUAAUCAAAGGACUUGCAAUAUGACAGUGCUCUCCAUGCUUCCAACACUCAGAGAGGCCCUAAUGCAGCAACUCAAUUCUGAAAGCCUCACAGCCCUGCUAAAAAACAGGCCUUCAAACAAACUAGAGAUAUGGGAAGAUCUGAAGAUAAUAAGUUUCACAAGAAGUAUCGUAGCUGUAUAUAGUACUUGUAUGCUGGUUGUUCUUUUGCGAGUCCAGUUAAACAUAAUUGGUGGCUAUAUUUACCUGGAUAAUGCAGCAGUUGGCAAAAAUGGCACCACAACUCUUGCUCCCCCAGAUGUCCAACAGCAAUAUUUAUCAAGUAUUCAACACCUCCUUGGAGAUGGUCUCACAGAACUAAUCACCGUCAUUAAACAAGCUGUGCAGAAGAUUUUAGGAAGUGUUUCUCUUAAAUACUCUUUAUCCCUUUUGGACCUGGAGCAAAAACUAAAAGAAAUAAGAAACCUUGUGGAGCAGCAUCAGUCUUCUUCUUGGGUUAAUAAAGAUGAAUCCAAAUCUUUGUUAUGCCAUUAUAUGAUGCCAGAUGAAGAAACCCCAUUAGCAGCUCAGGCCUGUGGGCUUUCUCCUAGAGAUAUUACUACUAUUAAACUGCUCAAUGAAACUAGAGACAUGUUAGAAAGUCCAGAUUUUAGUACAGUUUUGAAUACCUGUUUAAACCGGUUUAGUAGACUACUAGACAAUAUGGCUGAGUUCUUUCGACCUACUGAACAGGACCUGCAACAUGGUGACUCCAUGAACAGUCUUUCCAGUGUGAGCCUGCCUUUAGCUAAGAUAAUCCCCAUAGUAAAUGGACAGAUCCAUUCAGUUUGCAGUGAAACACCUAGUCAUUUUGUUCAGGAUCUGCUGAUGAUGGAACAGGUGAAAGACUUUGCUGCUAAUGUGUACGAGGCUUUUAGUACUCCCCAACAACUAGAGAAGUGAUUUUUUUCUUCGAGAAAAGCCACAGUGGAAUUUAUUUACUUAAAAAAAUACACUGAAUAAACCAACUAUAUAUAGGGUAAUGAUUUGUUACCAAAAUGCCUAAUAAAAAAUAUAUUCUUAAUCAAAGUCUUCAUUUCAUAAU